AUGUACGACUCAAACCGCCCCCACCCACUCCUAGCCCAAGUAUCCCUCACAGUCUCGCCGUUCAUCUCCCUCCCCUCCGCUGUAACUCUACCGUAUACCUACAAAUCCAUCGCCUCCACACUUCCGCCCUCCAUCACGACCGCCGCUGCUGGACCUGAUAAUAAUAAUAAUGUCACUGACGCCACUGGCAAAACGCGUUACGUCGUCUCCUCCACGGGCGGCCAUGUAGCGCACCCCGACGAAAUCCUAGCAUCAUGCCAGGCGCUCGAGACACAUCUAAAAAAGACCAUGGCUGAUGCAGAGCGGACAAUAAAGGAAUGGGAAGAAAAUAUAAGACAACUCGAAUUGGCAGAGAAGCGGAGAUUGGCGCCUGGCUGGCUGGAUCGAGAUGAGAAGUUGCUGCAGCCUGAAGCUGUGCACGCUUCGUCGGCGGCCAAUGAUGCGCAGCAUGCUAGGGGGGAUGCGAGUAUUUUGGAUUCUAGUACGAGGGAACAGGAAGCGCAGUCGGUGCCUGCUAUUGCGCCGAGGGAUGAGGGGGAGGAGUUGGAUAGGGCUUUUGGGGGUUUGGAUGUGAAGUGA